GUGGGGAAAUAUGGGGCUCACUCAGUACGGAACCCCCGACCAGCCCUCGGGCUCUCCCGAUAAGAUAAGGUCGGCACCUCGAUAGAUUCAACCCGACCUAGUGCCUCGAGUCCAGUACUCAAGAAUGGCCCGUGCACCCUUCGAGCGAGCGCUCUCGCCAGGGGUCCAUCCCACAAAAUCAUUUUUGCCCUCAAAUCCCAAAACCAAGAAAAGACAACCACCCACUCCGACCAGACAAGACCCCCUCCGUUGUCGCCAAAUCCCCCCCAAAUACCGCCAAGAUGCCUCGCGAAAUCGGUGAUAUCAAGCAGUUCAUUGAGAUUGCCCGGAGAAAGGACGCUUCCUCCGCUCGCAUCAAGCGCAGCAGCAAGAGCGCCCAGAUCAAGUUCAAGGUUCGCUGCCAGCGCCACCUCUACACCCUUGUCCUUAAGGACUCCGACAAGGCCGAGAAGCUCAAGCAGUCCCUCCCUCCUCAGCUCCAGAUCAAGGACGUCCCCAAGAAGAACCCCAAGGGUGGCAAGGCUUCCGCAUAAGCGCUCUCCAACACUGGAACUGGGAAAAGUCAAAAUCGCUUCGAUGGAGGAAUGGAAGAGCAUGAGUAGCCCAUCUUAUGAGGUCUAUGGAAUGACUUGGUGAGGGGCCAUUGGCCGGUGGGUCCUUGGGAAAAAUAAAGUGACGGGUUGUGUCUGUUUCCUCGGAAGAGGAGUACGGACCGUCUGUUCACACAAGACAUACGGCGUCAAGGGAUUAUUACCUAGGCAAAUUGCGGAUUGAGAUGGACCUGUCUACUCCUUGCUAGUCGGACAUUUCGCCAAUGAAGAAAUCAUUGAACACAACC